CUAGUGCAAGAACUCAAUUUCCGAUUUUCUAUGAUAGUAAACAAUGACGUCACGCGUAAUGUCAUCAGUGUUGACUUGACUGUGCUGGUGGUAGGGUCUGCAUUAUCCGGUCGGAGUGCGAUUUUCUCUGUGUUACAAGGAUGAGUAUAUGAGGGCAAGGUGAGACUACUCCCAGGAAAACGGAUGGUGUGAAUCACCUCCCACAGGACUACAUGGACCUUUCUGGUCCCCAACCACUGGAUGUAUCGCGAAGCCCGUCAUCCGACACCCAUACAAAUGUGCUCGCGCAAAGGAGGCUGCGAAAGCAGCCCAGGGGCUUGCCCCGCCUCAUGGCAAUCAAUGCCCUGGUAUGUGGAGUUGAGAUCAUAUCCAGUGCGGCCUUCACCUACAUCCCUCCAUUGCUGCUCAAAGCUGGAUAUACGGAAACUGUUAUGACCAUCAUCCUCGGAGUAGCUCCGUUUGUGGACAUGAUGACUGUUCCCAUCUUGGCUGAAUGGAGCGACCGUUGCACAUCGGCUAUUGGUCGACGCCGGCCGUUCAUCAUGUUCUUGGCUUCGGUUCUGCUCCUGUCACUUAUCCUCAUCCCCUACAGCUCUGUCAUCAGCAGUCUCUUUAGCAUCACCACUCCUUUGAAAUUACACAUGAUCAUCUUGGCAAUUGGUGUCAUCCUCCUAGACUACAGUUACCAGGCCCUGUUUAACCCUUGUGAGUCGUUAUUAUCUGACUUGAUGGCCACAGCCCCCGAAUGGGAGCAGACGCAAGGAUUCACUGUGUAUUCUGCCAGCAUCUCCCUCGGAUGUAUAUUGGGGUAUCUCAUCGUAUCCGUUGACUGGUCGUCCGUCGGACUCAUGAUUGGCUCGCAGGAACAAACUGCAUUUACUGUCAUCUUCAUCCUGUUCUUACCAUGUUUAUUCCUCACUUUAGUAUUUGCAAACGAAAAGCCAUUUAAGCGGACGAAAACCAUGCUCUUGAACCCCACAGAGGGUGACAUCCGCGUUGGGCGCGACAUAGGCUCCGAGGCGCCAUUCUUGCUGGGAAAGGGCAAGGGCAGCAUCAGCGACGAGGAGAUCACUGUCCUCGACCUCAGCAGUGACAGCACAACCAUCGUGAGGGACCAUCCCUCGGACGGAGGCUACGAGAGUGGCUCAAGCGAGACGGACGAGACAACGCCUCUCACUCUCUCCUCGUCAGAAAUGCUGAAGUGGCGGUAUCAUCGUUUACUUCAUCAAAUCAAUAGGCUUCCAAAGAUAACCUUACAAAGGUGCAUUAAUAAUCUGCUGCGUAUACUCCUGAAAAUUAUGAAAAUACUAAUUUAUUUACCAUAUCAGAUUUUUAAGUUACCUGUUGGCACAUGGCACAAAGUUACCAAGGCACCUGCAGUUCUGCGCCGCUUGUUUCUUGCUGAACUCUUUGGAUGGAUGGGUUUCAUGUGCCACAACAUGUUCUUUACGGAUUUUGUAGGCCAGUACAUGUAUGGUGCGCCGGAUGCUCAGGAACACACGAAGUUAGCAGUCCUUUAUGAUGAAGGCGUUCGCAUGGGAUCCUGGGGACUCUUCCUCCACAGCCUCACAGCUUGUAUGUAUGCAUUUUUCAUACAGCAACAUAUAGUUCGUCUUGUAGGCCAUCGAACAGUAUAUGGUGGCUUGCUGAUGUUUGCAUUGACUAUGGCAGCAACUAUUGUAUCUCCAACGAUGCCUUUCCUCAAUGUUGUAACAGCUUUGUCUGGGAUUGGCUUUGCUGCCCUGACAUCUACCCCAAACAUGCUUGUUACCUUGUAUAAUUCGGACAGGCAGUUGUAUAUGUGGGACAACAACAACAGCAGCGCAGAUAUACAGGAGGAAAAGGGCCUGGGAACCGAUGUGGCCGUACUGGACAUUGCUUACUUUUUGGCUCAAAUCAUCUUGUCAAUCUUCAUGGGCCCUCUCGUUGACUUGACAGGCUCUGCCUUGCCUUACAUGGUGGUAUCAGCUUUGACAGGGGUCGUUGCGGUGUAUUGCAGCACACGUGUGGUGUUUACCGAUCAGCAGCUAAUGCAACUCAGGGCUGGAACUUUUUAACUUGUCAGCACCAAAGGGGCCUUGAAAAGUCUUUUUGUGAUAAGAUAACCAUAAUUGUAUCCUCAGUUGUGUUGGUUUUUUGUAAUGUAGUUUUAAUUGAAGUUAUAGAUACCUGGUUUAUUUAUAAUACAGUAAAGUGAAUUCAGAGCAGAAGCAUUCGCACAAAAAAGAUUCUUAGACCUGCUAGGGAGUGUUUAGUUUGUAGGUUUUAGGAAAAGGAUCAGUGGAUUUAUAUUUCUCAAGUAUUUUUAUACAAAAUUAAAAAAAAAAUUUUGAAUGCUGUUUAUUUUCCAAAAUUUACCAUUUUUCUACUUACAGUGUAAUGAUGCCACAGUAGACUAAUAACUUUUGAAUAUGAUAGGAAGUUUGUUAGACAUUUUAGGAUGUUGCCAUAAGGGGCUAUAAAUUAUUUUCAUGCAGUUUCCGAUAUAUCAUUACUUUAGGUAGACUGUGUUAUGUAUAGAGAAAGAGUGAAGUUAUUUUUAACUUUUUUUUUUUUUAUAAAAAUAUUACUUUUUAUUUGAAGUAUGUGAGUAAUGUAUUUAUUGUUAUGUACUUUUAAAUAUCAGAGUGACUGAAAGCACAAAUAUUUAAAUUUUUAGAGAAUUUAAUUCUAUUUUAUUUCAUUGAUGCAAAUUAUCUAAGUAAUUGAGUACAAUCACAUAAGUAUUGUUAAAAAGAUCAUACUUAUUAGAAUGAAUGGUUUAUUUUUUAUUUUCUUCGUAAAUUCUUUUGUACUCUGUGCUUGCGUUGUGCAGUUGUGUAAGGGAACCAUGGAUUGUUGUAAUAUUAGGCGGUGUCAUUUAAAGAGAAAAGGUAAUUUAAUACAACUUAGCUUAAUUGAAGUGACUGGAGUCAAUCAAAAUUCUUUAUUUCUUUGAUUCAUCUAUAGUGAAAGUAAGCCUUAAUGUCUAACCUUGAGUAUAGAACCCCAAAUCUAUUUAAUGACUCAUAAUUUAACUGUGUUUAAUCUGAAUGUGGCUUAUUUUAGUUCAUGACCAAAAAUGGUGAAGCCAUCUUUAGUUUGUGGACUGCAAACUGUAAAUGUCUUCCCAGCAGAAGAUCAGAGAGUGAUAACUCUCAACCACCACUAGAACAUUUCGGAAAAAUGUGGAGAGUCGUCUGCUUUCUCAUCAAAAGCAGCCAAUACAAACAAGUAUUUAAAACUUUAUUUUAUAAAUUAAAAACUGCUUAUUAAAUGUAUUUGUUGUUCAUAUUGUAGUACGUAUUUUGUUUCAAGUGAAACUCCUCUUCAAUAUUUUUAGUGAAGGUACAAAUAUUAUUGCAGGUUUUUGGUUACCUGUCAUUCAGACCAGCCAACUGUUUAAGCACAAUUUUGGAAUGGAGGCCUUCCAUUUUUUUUUUACUUUCAUCAUUCAUAACUGCUCUCUUGUUGAUCUGAUCUGAAAUACAUUAUUUUUGCAAUGUGUUCAUAUGAUAUCAGUAAUGGAAUAACAAAAGUAGGAGUAGGUAGGAUUGUAAGUUUUAUGUAAAGUUACAGAGAUCCAAAAUUUAAUCAAAAGCCAUCCUCAUCCAGAAAAUCAAAUUUUUUUUGUCUUUCCUGAGUGCAACUUUGUUAAAUUCUCUGAUAUGACUUAGAGGUUUUAUUAAUUAUUGAUUUCUUAUUUUCAAUGGUUGUUCAGGCUUUGAAAGCCCUUUCUCUCUAGCUUUAUAUUUUGUUGACUGGGAUGUAGAGUUGAAUUGCAUAUGCCGACCCUGGUACUAUACAUAUACAUGUAAAUGCACACUGUUAAUUCACUUUAUCAGUUUCAAAGAGUAUUUAGAGGAUGAAAAUAUUAAUUCUUAUAUAAUCAGAGUAGCUUAUGGUUAGCUUCACUGUUGCACAAGUUGUAAUCAGUUUUACCUGUAAAUGACAUUGCUGUUUUAAAAGGUAGAGGUUGAUUAUGUAGCAUCUAUGGUGCUAGCGUAUGAGUAAGUGAAUUUACCGUGAACAUUAUAUGGAUUUCAUGGUAUUGCACAAUAUGUUGAUAUCAUGGUCAUUUUGAAAUUAUCGUUUGUUUUCAUUGGAAAUGGUUAACCAGUUUAUUUAUUCAUUUGUUAUGAUUACCUCAAAUAUCAUGAAGAGUAGAGCUUUAUAUAUGGCACAAAGACUAGUCUUAUAUGGAUUACUGCCAAUACAGUCUUCUAAGAUAAUGAUUUUUAAAUGGAUAGUGAAAGUAUUGCAUAUGGUGCUUUGUAUAUUUUAGAAGCUCAUUUUUAAUUUAUUUUUAAAAUUAUUUUCACACUGUAAGAUUAUCUCAAACUUACUGGUAGUAGGUUGUUUUCAAGUCAGCCUCUGAACUUCACGAGUUUAUCUUCUCCUUUUGGUUGUACAGUAUGUUGAUGAUAAAGAUCAAAAGAUAUCAUAGUAAUGGAAUAAUGUGUACGUACUUAAAUUUUAUAACUAAUAUAUUUUCAUUGUAUUUUUGUAUUGAACUUUUUCUCGGAUACAGCAUUGAUGAUUUUUUUCUAAAAUUUCAAUACGUAAGUAAGAUAGUGCACAGUACAUUUCUAACUUCAUCAAGCACAGUCUUCUUGAAGUACGAACAAAUAUUAAAGUGAAAAUGUUGCAGUUCAUGAUUAAGUGUUCAGCAUUUUUUUGAAGUUUUACUUUGUGUUGGGCAUGAUUGUCAGAUAUGAUUUACAUAGCAGAGCACUUGUGCCAAAACAUGAAAAUGUCUUACCAUGAACCAUUCGCUGGUAGAAUUGAGUCUGUUGAAUGCCUGUGAACAAAUAUAGAAUCUGUUGGAGUCAGGACAAUCACACAUAAGCUAAGCGAUGUUUAAUAAACUUUUGAAAAUUA